CAGAGCCGCGUACGGUCUUCCCUGUCCUCGCACUUUUCACGUCUUUUCUCUGAAUAUUCGUCUUAUUACGCAGUAAAAACCAUGUAAAGUUCGAGACUGAAAUGCCGAGUCAGGAAGACAUGGACCUUUGUACCGACAAGGUACUGUCCAAGGGAAGAAUACUUCAGGAACUAACGAAAGCUGUCAAAUUGGUUUAUGUUCAGAGUUUGUAUGGCACGGUAGUCUUGGACGGAGAUUCUUGGUUGGUUUAUUGGUUAGAUCGAGCCUUACGUCAUGGAUUACGCGUAGAACGACAUGGAUAUUGGGGAACGGCUCGUGAACUUAGUCAUCAUGAUACCGUCGUUGUAAUUCACGCUUUGCAAAGUGUGUUGACUUCCAUUGGAAAAGGCCGGGCAUGGCUUUACCAUACUCUUAGCGAAGGCAGCUUUGAAAGUUAUUUAGCUUGUUUGUUAAGAGACACAAAAACAUUGAAAAAACAGUACUUUCCUCAUGCGCUCGUUCGGGAUGCAGACAAGACCAAUCAGCUAGUUAAUCUCCUUGCUGGUUUAGAAAAUGUGUCCUUCACAUUGCAAUUGGAUGUAACGUAUCUGGACACUUGCAACUAUAUGCCCCAAAGGCCUAUGAGCGUAAAUCCUUCCGGAACUAUAUUAUCGUUACACCUUAGAUCAUCCAGCGUAUCCUCGAGUUUAGCUUCUCCCGGUGACAGUGGCGUUGCAUUCGACAGUGAUAUGGAUCUUGCGAAUGAAACCGAUGCCAGUAGCUAUAAGGAGGAAGAUUUCAAUCUCGAAGAAAUUCCAAAGUAUCGGAACAAUAGGUACAAGACAAUCUUGAACAAUCGCAUGGAGGACAAUAAAAACUUGAGUUCCAGCGAUUCCAGCGAAGAUGGAAAGACGCCCACGCAGUCGCCCGGAAUGGUACCAAAAUUUCAAACCGCAUCGGUGACGAAAAGCGACAUAGCGAACCAGAACUUAACUAGAAAGCUCGACGAUAACGAGAUUAAUUGUUCCAGUCUGGACACUUUAAAGGAUUAUGAUUUUUAUAGCAAAAGUCUGGACGAUUCGAAGUUGGACAAAAUGGACAACAAGCUUGACAACGGCGUCAAGGAAUUUAAUAAAAGAAGCAGCUACUACAGCGACGGCAGUUAUAGUUUUAAGAGAAACCUCGAUCCCCGCAAUUCGUACGUGAUUAAUAACGACACGAAUCUUUUGGAGCUCAGUAUGACCAUAUCGGAUUGCGAGAACAUGGAAGCACCGUACGGUAUUCUAAAUACCAUCAAUAUGACGGACACUAGUAUUUUGUCAUCGUCCAGCUCGGAGGCAUUAGUGCAACGUAGACAACGUAAAAAGAAACGCGGUGAGAGUAAGAAGCGCGUUAGUUUUCACGAGGAUAUUUUAAAAACCAUGAAGCUGGACGAUGACGAGAACUUCACCGAUUUCUCGAUGAGUUUCUUGACACCUAAUUCGGUCCAGAAGAAAGACGCUCAAAAGGGAAGGUACAGCUGGUGCGGCCACGGUGAUUCACCGUAUGUUCAGAAGGUCGUCAACACCAGAAACGCGCACUCGGAUUAUUAUUCGUACUCCUCGUCGUCGAGCAUUUUCGACAGCGACAGCGAGAAGAAAACUUCGCCGAGGAUCUGUCAGCAGUCGUUGUGCCAGAGCAAUUGCAAAUGCGCUUGCGGUUUGUCGAUUUCGGAACGCGGUGUGCCGGAGGGUCAAGAGGACCCUGGUAAAUCGUUGAGACCAAAAAUGGAGAUUGAAUUGGAGGAGAACGAGGCGCAGGAGGCAUAUAUCGUCGAGAAAGCUUGUGGGAAUAUCGUCGAAGAUCCCCCGUCAAAAGUCGAUAUGCCUUGUCCUUCUAAUUCGAAAAAGUAUAAUAGUUCCAGCGAUUGGUCGGAUGUAGAUAGUGUCACCACGUCGGAUGUGGACGAGCGUAGGAAUAGUAAGCACCUGGCAUCGCCAUCGAAAAAGCGUAAUAUGACGUCGAUAUUGACCGGAGAAAGUAGCAACAAAUUGUUGGCACCGCCGCCAUUGAGGCAGGCGCCAUCAUCGAAAACUUCGUUGUUGAGCAGAUUCUUAAAGUCCAUCACGGAGCGGAAGUUUGAAAUUAAAAAGAGCAAAAAGUCACAAAAAUCAAAUCCAUUGUACAUCAAGGGCGUGAAGACGAGCUACGAUUCGUUCAAAGAUUUCAACGACAAUCUCGACCGGGAGAUACGGGAGAACGUGGAAGCGGAAAAGCAACAAUUCAGCGGCGAGAGAGUCAGCUUGAAAUUGCGAGAGCUCUUCAAGAAACACAUAUACAGGGACAAAACCGAGGAAUUAUACAAAGUGUAUAAAGUUAGGAGUUCGUACAUGACGAACGGAGAGAGCAAACCGAUGAUAGCUUUGUUAACGGACAAGACGUUAUACCUGACAGGCUCGAAACUGGAUCAGUCUUAUAGCAAUCAAUUUGUUAUACCUUAUAACGAAUUAGACGUCAUUAUGAUCGGACCAAAUGCACAAACAAUAUUAUUAUCCAAUGCGGAUUGCGAGAUGCAACAUUUAUUUUCCACGGGAAGUUCUCAGACUACUUCAGAGUUGAUCGCUCAUCUGGAAAUGGCGAUGAGACGAUCUCCGACCAAACCAAGGCUUCCAGCAGUCAAAGAAUUGAGAUACGAGGACAUGCAUAUUUUGAGACACUCGAUUCUUUGCGAUACGGCCGUACAUCCUGAUGAAAAGAUCGAACAUUACAAUCUCAUAUAUAUGGAGGACGAGCAUAUGUCGCCUCCUAGCACACCGUGUGGGCCGACCAAGGAGGGUGACCUUAUGUACAGACCACACACCUAUCAACAGCUUUAUCCCAAUGCUCCGACUAAUCCAUGGGAAGCAGGAUAUUUUGUUUUAAAGGGUGGUGUUGUCUAUAUGUUCACGGAUGCAAAUCAACGACUUCCCAAACGUGCGAUUCCAUUAAAGGGUGGUCUUUGCCAAGGGUGUCGAAGAAUCCCCAAUUCCCAUCGUCCUCACACUUUCGAAAUAAUUCUAAAGCCGAACAAAGCUUUUCAAUUUGCCGCUCCAGACGAGUACGUUGCUUCCGAAUGGUUGCAAAGCUUUGUUCAGAGCGCGUCCGGACUGUUCGACGCUUCUGAGAUUAGGGAACCUUUGCCGUGUAGCCUUAUCACGACUACCAGACACUUGGUUACCAUGAAGGAAGUGUUUCCUGGUAAACAGCUGGGACAAACCCUUUCCUGUGCCUCUGUAGAAGACCUCACGGCCUUCAGAGUACCUUUGACCCAACAGUCUUGGUGCAUACUGGAAUUCGCAUGCCGAGAGGUGCACGAGAGCAGCGGCGAUUGGGUCAUAUACUUCACAAACUAUACUGAAUUGUGCUCCUUCAGAGAGAUUUUGGAAACGUUGUGGGCGAAUGCGAGAAUGGGGGAAUUUCCUAUGGUAACACUUCCACCAGAAGACAAGUUUCACCGACGUUGCUUGGAUGCUGGUAAAGAGCUAGAGCUUGCAUGGCGAUACUUGUUACCCUCGGAAACAGACUAAAUAUUAAGGUGUACCGAUAGACAAUAGUGAGCAUGGUUGUACUCGAUACGAGAAACUCAAAGAAUAUAAAUAAUCGGAAAUUCUCAAUUCGCAAACAUAAAUAUACGAAAUAUACGGCGAUACGAUCAAAUUGACCGCAACAAUUUAAAGAAACUCGCUAAGCAUCGACAUAACGAACAUUUAACCACCCUCGAGACGGAUGCAUUAUGUUUCAUCGCUCGAUGAAAAAGCGAUGAAAUCAUACAAGUAUAGAUAUUUAGCGAUACAUAAUAUUGAUGUGCUAAUUCAAUAAAACGGUGCAAUAUCUUUUUAAUAGUAUAAGUCACCUUGAUAAUCUCUAUCAUUAACAAUGAUGCAGGAUUGUAAUAUAACAGUGAGCGCAUAAGAUCAUUGUGUCAGUUACAUGGAUGUCUAUAUAUUCACAUAUAUUGUAAGAACUAAUACGCAUUUUGAAAAUGCGCCAUUGAUAUCGGAAUCAUUCUUAAAACAGAUGCUAAUGAAAUGGCAGUAAGGCAUAGAGCAGCUUCGGAAACUAAGAAUACUCUAUACUAUACAUUGCUUUUGGAGUAAUUGUAUGACGUAUAAUUACACAUUCCUAAUAGUAAUAUUGAUAAUAACGGUAAUUAUAGCAACACAGCUUUCUAAUUUUAGUUUUAAUAUAUUCUCCUUCUAUGUACGCGUGUUCGAUUGCUUAAAAAUCGUAAGCUUAGUUAGAGCUAUCUAUAUUGUUUUGUUUUCAAUUGUACAGGUAUCGAAAUAAUUGAUUAUCAAAGGUAAUUAUACCAUAUCGAUUUUAAGGAUAGUUUCAUCGCAUUAUACGAACUAUACUUUACUUUAAAUAGUAAUAGCUUUAUGCGCCAAAGAAGUUUCUUCUAAAGUGCGAAUUAAUUUGAAUGUGCGAUUUUGUAUACUUUCUUUUUUUAAGAUCAUAUUUUACGUUACCAAAACUACAUGAAUGGAUGCAGCCUGUAAAUUAAUGUGAAUAAAAUCUUAAUACUACAUGCAUCGUUUCAUGUAGUCACAAAUAAUUGUGAUAAAGCAUUUAAACAAUAAAGUGUUAAAUUAAUGACUUUGUAUAUGUUACGCGGUAACGAAAAUCGAAAUCAUAAUCAGUUUCCUGUGUUAGUUUAUAGCGCGUCUAACGAGACAAGAUGAUGUUACACUAUUUACAUGCUCAGUGUAAGCAUGAUUCUUAAAUAUUAUGGCCAUGAGAUUUUUGCACAAUGUUAAUGCCGUCGUACAUGACCUUCAAGUUAAUGAGAAAACAAAUAGAAAUAAAAUUAUUACUAGU